AUGAUCUUAAAACACCACGCGAUAUUGCAGCAAAAGCUGCCUUCCAAAGAUGCCUGUGCCCCACUUCACACAUCUUCACCUGCUGCCGAGAGUUGUGAUGCGACUGCCGUGCAAGAGCUGCUCCCUUGCAUGGCACAUGUCCUCAACUUUCAGAAGCAGCUCCUACUUGAACCAGAAGUCGGAACCAACAAAGUGGUGCACGUUCCUGUUUGGUGUUUGCUAUGGGUGCAGGGAAGGAUUCAUCCGGAGAUGGUCUUCUCAUCUGGCGACUUCGAGGACCAUUCGAUGUUGGAGCUGUUUUUCGAUCUUGUCAAUGGUCGGAAGAGCUCGAAGGACAUCCAACCCUUGGAUGUUGUCGUAGCUGGAGGAAAGUUGGAGGUGGUCAGCGGAAGCCGUCGGCUCACCGUCCUGAAUUGGUUGCAGGCACAGUGGAAGCAUAUUGCCGUCCACGCCCCUUGCUACCUCUUCGCGCCCGGUGAUCCCAAGGUGGCAAGUCGGUUUCGCGCAAAAGACACUUCAACAGGUGGCACUGGCAUCCUUCUUCAUCCUGGGAAGAAGGAGGCGAAGCACCUGCACCGAGCAUUGUUUCGCUGUCCAGAGGAGUGGAUUGACCAGGAGCCGGAGGCACCUGUCAGCAUCCUGCAGCGGCCGAAUGCUGCGAAUGGGCUUGAAGAACAGUCGGCUGGAGUGCCGGCAAGAAGUGCAAAGGAAUCCAAGACGGAGCAGUUGGACUUAAAAACACCCGCUGUCACCAUUGAGCCAGACAAAGAGCAUGCUAGGUCUGAGCAUCGAGUGGUUCCGCUGGCGCCGCCCAAAGAGUCACAAGGAAAAAGUAUCCACACUUCGGAACCUGCAACACCCACCUUUGUUUGCUGCCUUUGGCUUGGCCAGAGGUGUCCUGAAGCCGACAGUCACAUAACAGCAGGCAAGAUGUAUUUGCAUGAGGAUGUUCCGGGGAUGAUGUGUGGCUUCGAGUUCCGAUGCCGUGAUCGGCACUACGAACGGCCUGGCAUGUCCGGUUCUGGGUCGUGCUUGGGACAGCGCGAUGCAGAACCGGCAGUGGAGAUGGAGCAGGAAGAGGAGGUUGUGUGUUGCCAUUGGCUUCAGAACAAGUGCUGGCAGCAGGCGCAUCACAGAAAGGGCAAGACGCUCUUCUUACACCAGGAUGUCCCGGGAUUGCCAUGCACGUUUGGAGAGAAGUGUCGGCUGAUGCAUCGCACGCGAUUAGCUGCGACUUCUUCGGACUCGGUGCAAGACGAGGAGGCUGAAGUGCUGCCAGAGAACACAUUCGUCUGUUGUUUUUGGUUGGAAGGAAGGUGCUUUCACCCGAGCCAUCACUGGCUUGGAAAAAAGUUCUUCCUGCACGAGGAUGUUCCUGCACUGCCUUGCGGUCAUGGAGACCGGUGCACGUACAUGCAUUACGAGACCAGGGCUGCACUCACUGCAGAUGCUCGCGCAGUUGUCACGGCCGCCGAAGACGAAGAAGAAGACUCUUCGGAUCCGCACAGCGCAGACGCGUUCGUGUGCUGUCUUUGGCUUGAGGGCAAGUGUUGGCGAAAGACGGAUCACAUGCAUGGGAAGCACAGGUUCUUACACCGAGAUGUGCCUGGACUGCCUUGUGGCUUUCGAGACGCUUGUAAGUACAAACACUACGAAACAAGAAUGGCACUCGUGUCCGAUGUCAGCAUGGACACUUCCGAAAGUGCGGAGCUGGCGGUGGGCAUGCGUGUUUGGGCAGAGGAUCAGUGUUGUACGGUGAUGUGCUGGAGAUCUCAGAUUCUGUCUACACCGCAGCAAAGUGCACUGUGGGCAUGA